AUGAUUGAGGUUCUAUUAUGCAUACUCGGUUUCUUGGUUUCCCCUGCCUACUUGUGUCUCAUGGUGGUGGCAUUACUUUCAACAUUGGUGCCAUUUCUCAAAGACUUGGCAUCUCAUGGCAAAACAUUGACAAAACUAUCCAGCCACGCGUCUACAACAGCAAAUGAUGAAAGGAGCCCACACGCAGCUGGUAACAGCUCUGGUGAUAGUGGAGAAAGUUUCCAAAAUUCAACUUGGAUACAGCAGUUCUCUCAAGGCAAGAUGUUCCAGAUACACAAACGAUGCUUCCUCCACUUUUACGUGGCAGGACUGCUGUCGUUGGCUUGGUUUGCCUUGUCAACUGCGGCUACUCACAAGACAUCAUCAUGCCACAAUCAGGGAAUGUUGCUGCUCGCUCUCCAUUUGGCACGUCGAUGCUAUGAGUGCCUCCGCAUUCAUCAGUAUUCGGAAAAUAGUUUCAUGCAUCUUGCUGGAUAUGUAUGUGGUGUCUUUCACUAUCUGUUCCUGCCCUGGAUGGUCUUUGAUGACAAAAUCACUUGCAACGACAACCAUCUGGACGAUGACGAACCAAACAAGAUGGCUUUAUCAGAAUACGUGUGGAAUAUAUCGAUAGUACUGCUCUGUCUUUGGGGUCAAUGGGAACAGUAUCAGCAUCACGCACUUUUGUCAUUAUUGCGACAAAAACAACUAUCCAAUAAUAAACACGAGGAGGAGGAGAUUGUGGGGAGCCAACCAAAGGCGGUGCACAAGAUUCCACGGGGGCGACUCUUUCAGUAUAUAUCAUGUCCUCAUUACUUGGCGGAAAUCGUGAUUUAUACCGCAUUUUAUUUGCUGUUAAGACAACAACAUGACUCUUGCCAAGAACCAUGCUUGUCUGGCCUGCUCCCCAGUAUGAUUGCUGCGAGGGAGGAAGUCAUGUCUGUACUCUUGACCAUGAGGCAAUGGCGACGUUUGGUUCUAGUGCUAUGGGUGUCCAGCAACCUCACGGUCACCGGUAUUCGGUGUCACAAUUGGUACCUACAAGCAUUCCCAACCUAUCCGUCUUUGCACAGAAAGGCCAUUUUCCCUUUCAUACUAUAG